GCUGUCUCCGCAUUCCGCUAUCCCAUAAAUCGAAAAAACCCUCCGCCAGUGGGGAGGAUCAUCGGUCGCCACUUGAUAGACCCAUACGUAGCUCCAGGUCAGCCAUUCUCAGGACUCAGGCUGAAAACGAGCGGAGACUGCCAAGCUUUUCAACGUCUCCAUCGUAUCCGUUCGAAUUCCGAAAGGCCUCGGCAACUCGGCUUCUUAUAUGGGAACUAGACUCCCCUUGCUCCACUCCGGCCUUACAGAGUCUAAUUGUGAUAGAAAAGGAGGCUCAUGAUGCAGAAAAGAGCUUGCGAUCAAUGCUAUAAUAGAAAGAAGAGAUGCUUGAUACGCCCAGCUUCCUCCAUAUGCGUUCGGUGUGAGAAAUCAUCUCUUGCCUGCACCGUCUCCCGACAGCAACUACGUGGAGGGCGCCCGCCGAAACAAGGGCUUCCUGGGGUAGCGAAAGAGUCCCUCGCCGUAUGGGACUAUGCCCUAUCUGCGGGUAGCCCUGAGGAGGAAGCUCGGGAGGAACCCCAGCUUGUAAUCAAGUCCAGCUCAGUCAAGGAGUCCGGCGAGCGGUCUCCGGAGUCCACACAUUUGGGUUUUCCUCGGCACCUAGAGGUUGUGGAUUUCUAUCUUCUAAAUGAUAUCUAUAUGUUUGGAUUCACGUUUGCAGAGGACUUCCAACGAGCUCUGGAAUACUGCCACCGUCAUUCCCCGGGCCUGUUGGAUGAAAUCUUCACUGCUAUCACUAGCGGUCUCUCGUGGGCCCGUUUUGGCUUGCUCACGGCCGAUCAAGUUGAUGUGAGAAGCGGCGCUGCGUCCGUAGGCAAGCUCAGAAAUGCGGUUAUUGCGCAUACUCAUGACGCACUCGCAGUUCUCAUGUUGGGGCAGGCAUUGGCUGCGUUUGAUUCCCUGGUUACAUCCACAGGAGCAAUCUCAAUUCUCCGAUGCUCUUUGUCCCUUGUUCUCCCAUGGUAUUCGGAUAUUGCUCGCAACCGAUUUAUGGAACCCAUCGCGAUCGCACCCAUCUUGUGGGACACGGUAUGGUGCCUGCUGCAUCGCCAGGUACCGGUGAUCCGACCGGUGUUCAACCGUGCAGGAAUCGUUGAUCGAGUGGCAGGUCUCUGUACAUCGCUGCUCCCGAUCCUCUACGAUCUGUGUGUCGUUAGUCAUCGUCUGGCAGAUGGAUCCGCCCAGGAGACGAUCCUUGAGGACGUUGAACACCAGAUCCGGAGCUGGUCCCCUGAUAGCCCUGGGAUCUGUUUGGAGGCGUACAGCGAGAUAGAGAUAUUAUCAAUGCGCACCCAGGCAGUGAUGUAUCGAACUGCUGGUCUUCUUCUCAUCCAUCGACUCCGGUAUCCGCUGACCGUUGAGGAUGCGACCGCAACUGCCCUUGCCAGUGAUAUUCUCGAAGCUAGAACCCAAUUCUUUGCGAAUGCUGGCACCGGUACUAAGUUACAAAAUACCUCUUUCCCCUUGUUCCUUGCCCUUUUAGAAAUUCCCAUCUCGCUGGAAGGCCUCUGGGAGAGCUCGACAUGGCUUCGGACUCGGCCAGCCUGUGUGGAUAGUUUGUUUGCGUUCAACCAUUAUUACUGGGCUCAGCGGCGUUCGGGAUUCAAGGGCUCGCUGUUUGACCUCAUCGAAAGCGGUCCCGAAUUUGUUCCAAGUCCAUGAAGCCCACCAUCGCGAUAUGUACCAAACCAUGAUUCCGUCUUAUGCCCUUCCAAUUGGCUUGAGGCAUUCAGACCCAAACGUCUCUGUGCACAUAUCCCCUUGUGUCUUGUAAAAACGAACAUAUCCAGUGUUUUUCCAAAACAGAUCGUUUUGACAAUACAUGUCAACGGGAACAGGGGCACUCUAUACCUUUCCAAGCUCAUUAUACCCAUGGGAAUGCUGCGAACGCACUUUAUAUACCAUGGAUCGUGUUAUAUGGCAAGAAUUCGAGCUUGGCCCUCAUUGCUUCUCAAGACGAGGCAUACUCUUCUGACAUUCACACCCUGGACGUCUUGAGGGCCCAAGCAGCUUAGUAUGCCUCCGACACCUCAAGAUAAGGUUCAAGCUUAUGAAGAAGGCUGAAGGAGCUUCUACAUGUCACUAGAGGGCCCAAAGGAAACGAUCAAGCAGCCCUGCUUCUUUAACAAAACAAUCAAGGAUGCAGCGGCUAGGCUCAACUAAGGGCCACUUCAUAAAAAUGUCAGCAGAUGAGGCCCAAAGAUAUUCUAUAUGUCAUUUGAAGUCCACACUAAACCACCUGAGGGGUAAAUUUAGAAAUUUACAGACUGUAAAUUGCAGCCAGUAUCAGUGUACUUGCGGAGCUUAGUAUUAUUCUUCUACUUAUACUUAUACAGAAGAAGAUUGAAACACCUCGUUAUUUACAAACCCUCGUUACCACUAGUAAUGAAAGUCACAUGAAC